AUGACCUUGCUCCAUGCCCAUUUUCACUUCAGAAAUCAGCAGGCCUUUCAGCGUCUGCUCGAUGGUGGCAAUCGCGGACAAUCCGCUGCUCAAGCCCAAGGGCUGAGCAGCAGCGGUGGCAAGUCUUGGAACCGUCCAAGUCCGCUCAGCUCGCCCCCAUCAUGCGAUGUCAAUUCCCGUGAUUGGCUUGGAAGGACUGUCUUGCACCUCGCUGCGACCGCCCAGGACGUGUCGGCGACAGAGUAUGUCAGGCUGCUGUUGGCCCACCCGGAUAUCAAUAUCAAUCUCCAGGAUACUGAGAGUCACUGGACGGCUCUGCACCGGGCGUUAUAUCACGGAAACCUGGCGUCCGCUGUGCUCCUCUUGCAGCGCUCGGAGAUUGAUGUGUCGGUGAAAGACCUCGAGGGUUAUACUGCGUUCGACCUCUACAACUCGACCCUCGAAGGCACCAAACCGCGCACCAAUGAUGUGUGCGAUGCCGAUCUUUUUACCUGGGGUGCCAACCGGAAUGCAGCUCUAGGGCUUGGCGACGGGGACGAUAGGACGUAUCCGGAGCAGGUCGUGAUACGCCCCGCUGACCCGGUCUCGGAGAAGGAGAGCAUCGACGCACGAUUCUCGCCCAUCCACGUUCGUCAGAUCGUGAUGUCGAAGCUUCACACGGGCGUGGUGACUGAGGAGAGCCGUAGCAAUGUGCGACUCUGUGGUUUUGGUAGCGGCGGACGGUUGGGUCCUGGACAGCAUACCCAGUACAACCUCAUACCUCUACCGCAGUUUUCUUACGCCGUCGUAUCCGUCGCACUCGCACAGGACCACACUCUAGCGUUGACCAAAUCCGGCGAGGUACUAAGCUGGGGCCUCAACCGAUUUUCGCAGCUCGGAUACGUUGUCGAGGCUCCUGCGGGAAGUCGUUCGGACGAACCCAUUCAGGCUACGGCCCGGAAGGUCAGCGGUGCGUUAAAGAACAAAGUCGUGGAGGGUAUUGCCGCGUGUAAGACUGCGUCUGCUUGUUGGACGGAUCGUGAAGUCUUCACUUGGGGCACGAAUAACGGACAGUUGGGCUAUGACAAGUCUGCGCACCCAGUACAGAUUGUUCCCCGUGUCGUGACCAAGGUUACUCAGCCAGUGGUUUCUCUCAUCAUUACGGACACAGUUCUGGCCUGCCUACUGGAGUCUCGGGACGUGGUUUGUAUCUGGAAUGAUGGGCACUUCAAGAUCAACUUUCCUGCAUACUCAUUCCCAUCGGAGAUCGCUGUCUAUCGACCUCCUCAGGCCACAAACAGUGCUGACAUAGAGAAGAUCGCGAGCUGCGACAACACUCUAGCUGCCCUUUCGACGAAUGGCGAAUUGUUUACCUUCACCAUGCCGUCACCUUCUGCAGCCGGUAGCAGUGGCAAGCCGUGGUCGCUCCCUCAGCCUCAGCGCUUCUGGGCUCUCCGCAAACAGUUCAGUGCUGUCAAGGACGUUGCUCUUGGGUCUGACGGUUCGAUCAUCAUUUGCACCGAGUCGGGGCAUGUCUUCGUCCGCUCGCGCAAUCUGAAAACUGUACAGACCGCCCCUGUGAAGACCUUCAAGUUCCAGCGGAUGCCCUUCAUGCAGCGGAUACUCAGUGUCUGCGCCAACAGUACCGGCGCGUACGGCGCACUCCGCGUCGACUACGAGCCGGAGCCUAUCAAAGUUGUCGGAAACCUCAUUGCUCAGGAUCUAGCGGAGAUACAGCCGUACUUGCGAUCUUUCCCGUUGAAAUCUGAGCGGGAUGGCUGCUUGCGUCGCAGAUCUCCGUCGACCGCCUCGCCACCGGUUGGAUCACUGCAAGGUGGGAGUCCCUUAUCAGGCGAUAUGGAGUCCGAUGACGAAGGUGAAGACGUUGCUGUGCAGAAGGACAUCGCUCAGCUUCGCUCGCUGUGCACCUUAUUGGCGCGUGAUAAAGAGAUUCGAGUAGGGGAGGGAAGGGAGCUCUUCCAGGGUCGUCUGGCUCAUGGUGCAGAUAUCAUGGUCCAUCUCCCAUCAGGAUUCUCGUUCCCGGCGCACCGUCUCAUACUCGCUGCGCGCUGUCCCAUCCUGGCCGAGGUGCUUCUGGGACGUCAGGCCGUGCAAGAUCGCCAGUCGGGAAUAUCUGUCAAGAUGUCCGCAAGCAGGACGCCUUCGCUGUCGAAGAUCAGCUUCGCUGGUUGUCAACCGAUGACUGUCCUCAUCCUUGUCUCGUACUUGUAUUCGGACGAGGUGCUUGCUCUGUGGGAUAUCAGGGUUGGGCCUGCUAUUAGCCUGCUGGGCUCUCUGAAGAUCAAACCCGCGCAGGUGAAGGCGGAACUUCAAGUGCUCGCGCACAUUCUGGAGCUGCCAUUGCUUGCGCGGGCGAUCGAGCCGCCCGUGAAGCGCACACCGAUUCCGUCUAUGGCAGAUGAUAUGGCCCGUUUGUUCGAAGCGAGCCAAACUCGCGGUGCAUUGGGCGAAGGCAGACGGACGACGAGCAAUCCCUUGGUGCCCGAUGUAAUCUUGCAGUUCGGAGACAAGGAGGUUCGUUGCCACUCUGUGAUCCUGCGCGCGCGCUCGUCGUUCUUUGCUACAUUCUUCGAUGAUGAAGACUGGACGGCGAAGCGAUGGACCGCUGAAGGCAUUGUUGUGGUCAACCUGAAGCACAUGAAAUGGCGGGCUGUGGAGCCGGUCGUUCGCUUCCUUUGUUGCGGUGGGGACGAAGAGUUGUUUUCAGUUCUUGAAACCGUUCACUCUGUCGAUGAACUUCUUGAGUACAUGUUCGACGUAAUGGCGGCUGCUAACGAGCUAUUACUUGACCGUCUUGUCCUCCUUUGCUCGGCUGUUAUUCUAAAGCGGGUUAACAUCAGCAACGUCUGUUAUAUUCUCGCCGAUGCGACACACUACCACGCUAUGUCCCUUGCUCAAAGCCUUCAUGGCUAUAUGGCGGCGAACAUGGAAACCCUCCUUGAAAGUCGGAUGCUCGAUGACCUGACUCCUGAUCUGAUCAGACAGCUUUCUGUUUCUGUGCGCCAGCAACAAGCACAAAAGUACCCUAUGUCCCGUUCAAACGAACUUGUAGAUAAGGCAAUGGAAUCCUAUGGCGACUGGCUGGCUCUGCAGGAUGUUCCGCAACCCAUCAUCCCAACACAUCGCGCGGGUACCUUCAGAGAUUCGCCGAAGCUGUCACCACCUGGGUCAACCAAGAGGAAUCGAGGACAAGGUCAUAUAGUGUCGCCUCCAAGUAGCCCGACCAUUCGUCCUCAGAUCUCGCGUUCCAGUCUGAAUGCCGCACCAGAUGGUGGGGUCUUCAUGAUGGACGAUCCAAUCUCUGCCCCUCCAGUGCAGCCACGUCCGCCUGUCGAUGCUUCCAAGGUGGGCGGCUGGAAGACUGUGUCUUUGGCUCCUCGUGUUGAUAUGCGUGCAAUCAUGGCCGAAGCUCAGACAAGUAAAGCAGUUGUGAAGCUGGCCACUGCUCCGUCGGUAGCGCGCACACGUAACAUUGACCUCAGCCUGGAUCCACAACGAAGCCCACAGUCCAUCAGGACUGCUCGCUCUAAAGGUGAACUUCUCGAACAAAGCUCCCAAGGAGGUCAGCUCUCGGUGGUAGAUUCCCCUUGGAGGCUCCCGCAACCUGCUAUAUCCUCGAGUCCGGCCGGUCCGUCCAUCCCAGCGAUGGCUCCUCCAUUUGUGAGUAGUCGAUAUCCCGGCGCUUCUGUUACUGCUCUUGGAGGCGGUUCCCCGGGAACUUCGAUUCCUGGAAGUCCUUGCUUGCAGCCGACUACUCCUCGGAAGAAGACGUCAGGUCUUCCGGGCUUAGGUCCCAUUUUUACCCCUUCUAAGCAGAGCGCGGCUUCGAAAGGCUCGUCGUCCUCAAUACGACGCGGCUCAAGUGAGUCCGUGUGGACACUGCCGCCAGUGCAGCCGGUUGUUCAGUCGUCCCAGACAGGGUCCGCGAUGUCCUUCGCUGCCAUCCAGCAGCUGCAGGCCGAGCAGGACGUGCUUCCUGUCAAAGAUAAGCGGUCGUUGCGCGAGAUUCAAGAAGAGGAAAGUGCACGCCAAGUGGAGGCGGACUUCUUGAAGUGGUGGGCGGCCGAGGAAGAGCGAGUCAAGGCCGAGGAACAGAGCAUUGUGCAAGCCUCUGUCCGCCCGCCCAAGAAGGGGAAGCCGAAGGGCUCGAAGAGCAAGACGGCCAAGCCGGUCUCUGGUGCGCAGAAGGGACAACGCGAUCCGGACAGCAAAGGGAAUAGUUAUCGCAGGAGCCGCGCCCCGAAGAACUCACCCGCGCCCACUGCUAGCUGA